AAAUAUUAUAUUGUAAUUGCGGUGGCUUUUACGACAGUCAGUGCUGCUGUUCGCUUUGCGGCGGUGCUGUAGUCCCAUGUCACGACACACGGAUCGCUUUUUGGCAGUGCUGUAGUCCCGUGUCACGACACACGGAUCGCUUUCCGGCGGUGCUGUAGUGCCGUGUCAGGACACACGGAUCGCUUUGCGGCGGUGCUGUAGUCCGGUUUCACAACACACGGAUCGCUUUCCGGCGGUGCUGUAGUCCCGUGUCACGACACACGGAUCGCUUUCCGGCGGUGCUGUAGUCCCGUGUCACGACACACGGAUCGCUUUCCGGCGGUGCUGUAGUCCCGUGUCACGACACACGGAUCGCUUUCCGGCGGUGCUGUAGUCCCGUGUCACGACACACGGCUCGCUUUUUGGCAGUGCUGUAGUCCCGUGUCAGGACACACGGAUCGCUUUUUGGCAGUGCUGUAGUCCCGUGUCACGACACACGGAUCGCUUUCCGGCGGUGCUGUAGUCCGGUUUCACAACACACGGCUCGCUUGGCGGCAGCCAUGGCGGCGCGCUUCAGCGGGGUGCUGCAGCUGACGGAUCUGGACGAUUUCAUCGCCCCCUCGCAGGAAUGCAUCAAGCCUGUCAAGGUGGACAAAAAGCCUGGAAAAGCAGCAGCCAAGAUCAGGAUUGAAGCUGAUGGAAGCUAUUUCCAGGUCAAUCAGGAUGGGGAAGCCCAGAAGCUGGAGAAGGCCAAAAUCACCCUGAAUGAUUGCCUGGCCUGCAGUGGCUGCAUCACCUCGGCUGAGAGUGUCCUGGUGAGCCAGCAGAGCCACGGGGAGCUCUGCAAGGUGCUGGCCCAAAACAAGGCUGCUGCUGCCCACGAGCAGAAGCUGGUGGUGGUUUCUGUGUCCCCCCAGUCCAGAGCCUCCCUGGCUGCAAGGUGCAAACUGGGUUUGCUGGAGACAGCCCAGAAGCUGACCACCUUCCUCAAGGGCCUGGGUGUGCACCACGUGUUUGACACAACCUUCUCCAGGAACUUCAGCCUCCUGGAGAGCCAGCAGGAGUUUGUGAGGCGCUUCCAGAGACAAGCAGAGGACAAAAAGGCCCUGCCCAUGCUGGCCUCUGCCUGCCCAGGCUGGAUCUGCUAUGCUGAGAAAACCCAUGGCAGCUUCAUCAUCCCCCACAUCAGCACCACCAAAUCCCCCCAGCAGGUCAUGGGCUCCCUGGUCAAGGGCUACUUUGCAGAGCAGCAGCACCUGCCCCCUGACAGGAUCUACCACGUCACUGUCAUGCCCUGCUAUGACAAAAAGCUGGAGGCCUCCAGGCCAGACUUCUUCAACCAGGAAUUCCAGACCAGGGAUGUGGAUUGUGUCAUCACCACAGGAGAAGUGCUGAAGCUGCUGGAGCAAGAAGGAGUGUCCCUGUCAGAUGUAGAUCCUUCUCCCCUGGACACCAUGCUCGGCAGGGCUGCAGAGGAGCUGAGCUCUCACCGCGGUGGGGGCUCAGGAGGGUUCCUGGAGCACAUCUUCAUCCACGCUGCCCGCGAGCUCUUCGGCAUCCACGGCGCCUCCAUCCACUACAGACCCCUCAAGAACAAGGACUUCCAGGAGGUGACCCUGGAGAGGGAUGGGCAGGUCCUGCUGCACUUUGCCCUGGCCUAUGGCUUCAGGAACAUCCAGAACCUGGUGCAGAAGCUCAAGAGAGGGAAGUGCCCCUAUCACUACGUGGAGGUCAUGGCCUGUCCCUCAGGCUGUCUGAAUGGAGGAGGGCAGAUCAAACUGGAGGGGGAAUCCAGCAAGGAGGAGCUGCAGCAGGUGGAGAGGCUGUAUGAAUCCCUGAGGGCUGAGGUGCCAGAGCAGAACCAGGCAGUGAGGGAGCUCUAUGAGCACUGGCUGGGGGGCUGGGGCUCACACAGGGCCCUGCAGGUGCUGCACACCCAGUACCACGCUGUGGAGAGAGCCAGCUCUGCCCUCAGCAUCAAAUGGUGAGAGAGCCUCAGUGCCUUCUGACCUCCACUGCUGAUCCUCCAGGGACUCUGGGCAGCCCCUGCCUCUGGGGAAGGGCCUGGCACUGCUCAUUCACCCCAAAUCUGCCUCUGGGGAAGGGCCUGGCACUGCUCAUUCACCCCAAAUCUGCCUCUGGGGAAGGCCUGGCACUGCUCAUUCACCCCAAAUCUGCCUCUGGGGAAGGCCUGGCACUGCUCAAUCCUCCAGCUGGAGAGUGAAGGGAUGGGAAUAAACCCCAAAUCUGAGGUGAGCGCAAUAAACCCCAAAUCUUCCUCUGGGUAAGUGCCUGACACUGCUCAAUCCUUCAGCUGGAACUGAUGGCAAUAAACCCCAAAUGUGAGGUGAGGGCAAUAAACCCCAAAUCUGGCAGGGACACAGCAGGAGAGGCAGGAACACCUCCCAGGCUGAUGGGACAGCCCCAGAGCUGAGAGUUCAAGGAUUUGGAGCCCAGCUCCAGGCUGAGCUUUGUGCCACAGCCCAGUGUCCCUGCCCAGGCCCUGCUGGGCUGUCACAGCACUCAGAUCUGUGCCCGCCUCUGCUGGAACAGCCUCAGCCCAUUGGAAAUGCUCUCCUGAGCCUGGAGCCCUCCCUCUCACUGGGUCUGUGGCCCCAGAGAGGGGAUCCAAGGCCUGGGAUCAUCCCUGGGGCUGCAGAGGGACUGGAGGGAAUGCUGGACAAAACCCUGUGAUUCCUUUUCCCUAAAUUAUAAUAAUUUAUACCAAGGCAGUUCCUUCUCUGUGUUUUCUUCCUGAACACUCAGCAGGGAGUGACAGAAGUGUCACCCUUACCCAGCCUCAGCAGCCACUUCCUGAGGGAUAAAAUCCCUAAAUCCAGACAGAACAGGCACUUACAGCUGGAUAACAUCCUGAAAUUACCACAGAAUAACUCCUGACCUUGGGGCUGGCAGGAACCAGAGCCCCCUCUGCACUUGGUUCCAAUGAAUCCACAGAGCAAACGGUGAAUUUUCAUGUUUUUAAUUAAAAGCUUUCCAUUUUUCA